AUGGAAACUAUAAAUCUUGAGUUUCAGGAGCCGACUGCUGGUCCAGGUCAGAAGCAGCCCUGGCGUGAGUGGUGGCCACCUCGGCAAAUAGAGUCGAUGUCGGAAGAAGAACGCAAAGCUCAACCGUGGAUAGCGUGGAAACCGGAUCCAGCGAAGCCCAACGCUAAGCCCUGGCUUGGCUGGGUUCCUAGAAAGAUUUGCCGUCGCAACGGAGAUGGUCAAGACCAGUCUCCUAGCUCUGGUGCGGAGGGAGGAUGA